CCUCGUGAUCUCCGCCCCUCCACACCCUCAAAACUCCUAUAAAAAAAACGCCGAAAAACCACCGAAAUCCGCGCGUUUCUCGGCGUCUCGCACGGCCCGCGCACGCACGCGACGCCAGCCCACCACCGACCCACGCACGCACCCACCCACGCGGACGCGGUUGCCAACCCAACCCGAACCCCCCGGGACCGACGCCACCCCGUCCCCGCAUACAUGCCGCCGCCCAGCCUCACCGCGGCCGCCGCCACCACCACAACGCGCCGCCGCAAGGACCACCCGGCGCCGGGCGGAGGCGCGGGGGCGAAGGAGAUGGGCGCGGCGGCGGCGUCCGCGGCGGAGGGGUGGGCGCGGCGGCCGGAGUGGUGCUCGGCGGCGGGCGUGGCGGGCGUGCUGCGGCGGCACCCGGCGCCCGCGCUCUUCGGGUGCGGCCUCCUGCUCUUCAUGGCCGUCGAGUACACCAUCCCCAUGGUCAGGCCGGACUCCCCGCCGCUCGACCUGGGAUUCAUCGCCACCAGGAACAUGCACGCCGCCGUCGCCGCCACGCCCUGGCUCAACUCGCUCCUCGCCGCGCUCAACACGGUCUUCGUCGCGAUGCAGGCGGCGUACAUCCUGUGGGCGAUCCUGGCGGAGCAGCGGCCGCGGGCGGCCGUCGCGGCGCUGAUGAUGUUCACCUGCCGGGGCGUGCUGGGCUGCGCCACGCAGCUGCCGCUGCCCGAGGAGUUCCUGGGGUCCGGGAUGGACUUCCCCGUGGGCAACGUCUCCUUCUUCCUCUUCUUCUCGGGCCACGUCGCGGGCGCGGUGAUCGCGGCCGCCGACAUGCGCCGCGAGGGACGGGCGGCGCUCGCGCGCCUCUACGACGCGCUCAACGUGCUCCAGGCGGUCAGGCUGCUCGCGUGCAGGGGACACUACACCAUCGACCUGGCUGUCGGCGUCGGGGCCGGGGUCCUCUUCGACACGCUCUCCGGGUGGUACUUCGACGCCAAGAACGGCGACGGCAAGAACGCGCCCGAGAAGCACUGCCGUAGCUGCCAGUGCCACAAGGCUCUCCUCUCACACUAGCUUUAUAUAUAUAAAGCUAGUAUCUAGUGUUGUACUAUUUUGCUAGCUCUGCAACUGCAAGUGCCAACCAUCGACGGCCAAUUGAGCAUUAGUUAAUUCGUGUUAUUUUUUGAGUUUCUUUUCUUUAUGGAAUCAUUUUGAUGUAAGAGAAUAUAUACUGAAAUGCUACUUACGGAUAUGUAAUUGUACAAAUUGUUCACCCGAUGCGAGCUGUGACUUCUGUAACAAUACUAAUACUAUCUGAAUUCUGCAGUUUCCAGG